AUGGCAGACAGCAGCUACGUCACUAUCCGGUCGAGGUCAAGGUCGCGGAGAGACAACGACCAUGACUCUACGUACGGUUCAAGUGCUGGGAGCCAUAGGACUCCUGCCGCUGCGACUCAUGAUACCAGCCGCGUGAAUUACCAUGUCAAGCACGUAUCAGACUUUGCCAAAUCGCUUGAAGAUUCGGCGGCUCGCGCCUUUCCCAACCGAGGGCGAACGCAGAGGUAUAAAAAGGUGCAGGCUCUGCUGCUGCACUGGCGUACUGACGACUUGUUUGUGUUGCCCGAGUUGGAGGAUCUUGACAGGUGCUUUCGAGAUGACUACAGCUUUGAGACUGAUAUCUUCUCCAUCCCCUCCGAUAAUCCCCAUUUAGAGCUCAUGAUGAGGGUCGGACAAAUGAUCAAGGAGCACGAGUCCAACGAUACCUUGUUUGUUGUCUAUUACGGCGGUCACGCAAGGAUAGACGAGUCAAGACAGAGCACCUGGUGCGCAAAUCGAAGUCCAGAUUCUCCGUGGCUCCAGUGGUCUGCAAUUCAAACCCUGUUGGAAAGGUCUCUAUCCGAUGUGCUCAUCCUCUUGGACUGUUGUGCUGGCGCCGCCAGUGCCACCUUUCCCAACGGAACUAGCAUUACAGAAACCAUAUCUGCUAGUAGCUGGGAUGCUAUUGCGCCUGAUCCUGGGAGAUACUCUUUCACCAGCGCCUUGCUCGAAGUCAUGUCAAACUGGAAAUUCAGGACGUAUUCAGCUGCCAUGCUACACGCAGAGAUUUUGGCCCGACUGAAACAUCCGAGACCAGUCAUGCUGAACGGCAGAAACUUUGAAGCUCGAUCGACCCCCGUGCAUUUUAUGAUGACCUCAAAUCACAGAGCCCCAAGUAUAGAAAUAGCGCGGUUAUCCUCAGAUGAUAGGAUGACACCACCUAUACCCCCGGAAGCCGAUGACAAUGUCUCUCAAAUUGCGACGGGUAGAUCCGGGAUAACCCAGGACGUGGUCAACUCGGAGCCGAAUGAAGACGUCCCCCACGUCAUGAUUUCUCUUGCCCUGGAGGAGAAUCAAAAUCUUGAUGUCAACGAAUGGGAGGAAUGGCUCGGCGCGUUCCCGGCGAUUGCCAAGUACGUCAAAGUGCAGGGUGUGUUCAAGAGUCAUUCGACACUACUGCUCUUGUCUGUGCCUGUCAUGGUAUGGAACUUGCUCCCGGACAAUAUGGCCUGUAACUUUGUCGCCUUUAUUCGAUCAAAUAACCUGGCCACUCAGAGUCAAGGGGCAGCCAGAUCUACCACAGCAGGUGAUGCCGCUGCCUCAAAGUCCAUGCCACCCGCUACGUUGGGAGAACCAAAGCACCCGACCUCUACAGAUCCAGGGCCGACGCCAUCUAGCAACCCAGAAUCAGCGAGAUCCAGUAAUACAGCACUCCAUCUGCCACAAAGCAAUACAUCAUCGACAGCGCCUUCUCGGAUAAUUGGCAGACGACAAACUGCUCCGACGCUUGGCGCCAUGACCGACACACCUAGUGACAACAUUGCGAAACAACCAAUACGCAACCAGAAUCGUAGCUCGGACAUGAAUAUUCCCAUGGCUAGCAAAAGCAUUCAAAAGCGACAUGAGCUUGCUCCCCAUGUGCAGGCACGACUGGAAGUAUUCUUCGAGGGAGACCAGGCGCCAAAAGCUGAAGUCAUAGAGUUUUUGGCGUCUAAUAUGGGAGUUGAGACAACUGACAUUCAUGCAUGGUUUGCGCACCGGAGAGAGAAACAACAAGUCCACAACAAGCUUGUAAGUCUUCGCCUCGAUGAUCAACGCCAGGCAUCUUCGAGGAAGGGGACUCGUAUGAUCUUGGCGGGACACCUCAACAACCUGCUAGAGAUUGUACCUCUGGCACAGAUACUCCUCAUAGACCUCCGCUCUACUGCCGACUAUGACAAAUCGCAUAUACAUGGGGCAAUAAACCUCAGAGCACCAGCUUCUUUCAUUCACAGAGCGACGCUUCCGAUGAUCGAGAAAACGCUCAAGGAUGAGAUGAGUCGUGAAACCUUCGACAAUUUCCCAAAUUGUGAAUGCGUGGUGUUUUAUGACCGGCGCAUCGAGUACGACUGGGAAUGUCCAACGGCAAGGGCACUCAUUCAUAAAUUCAGGGUUGACGGAUGGCUGGGCCAAGCCUUUAUACUCAAGGGCCCGUACCGCGAAUUCUCCGAUUCCUUUGACAAAUACAUAACGGGUCAAAAGAUGACUGGCAAUGCCAAAAAGUAUCUUGAGAGCUUACAGGAGAGGUCUCUCCAGAAAUCUAACGACCAUCAGGAUGAAUACAAUGAAUGGUUGACACUUCUUGAGAAUGAGGACCGUGUUCCCCCAACAAACCUUGCACCGGCUGCCAAGGCGCAACGCAUCGAUGCAAUAAUAUCGCAUCAGAAGGACCUAGAAGACGAUCUCAAGCGCCAUCACUCUGCAUUGUACAGGAAAGCCCUUGAACUCAAUCCAGAUGUGAAUGAUAACAUCAUAGCCUCCAUGGUGGAGCCCCUGGCCUCAGCCAUCGAGCAAAUAUCUGGGGGCGGGAGAGGAGGAGGCGGUCCAGGCAAUGUGAGCUCAUAUCACCAGCCAGAAAAGCUACUUCGGGAGACGUAUAAUACCAGGGACCACGAUCCAACAGAUUCAGACGACGAGCUACGCGCCAGGGAUGGUGCAACCCAGAAGACAGAUGUCAAGACAGGGCCAGAGCAGGCUUCUACUGAGUCAGUCAAAGAACGGAUACGCAGCAUAUGGAAGACACGAAGCGUUAGGUGA